GGGCCCGGGCGCGGACUACGACUCCCGCCAGGCGCCGCGCGGCGCAUGAGCCCUGCUCGCUCGCGCGUCUAUUAUGCUGCCGGGGCCGCCGGGCCGGAGAGGAGCCGGCCGCGCGGGCCGGGAGGGGACGGCGCCGCAGCCGCCGAGGCCAAGUACGCCUUUCUCUCGCUUCCUUGCGCGCCAGGCGGGGGCGGGCGGCGGUGGCGGGCGGGCGGCGAGCAUGCAGCGGGAGCCGGAGCCCGUGGGCCCGGCUGAGCCGCGCUUUCGGGCGCUGGUGGAGGCGGCGGGCGGCCGCGGGCAGGUGCUGCUGGUGGGCGAGCUGUGGGAGCGCGAGCAGAGCCGCGCGCUGCUGCGCGACUUCGCGCGCGCCCUGUUCCCGCCCGAGUCCACCGCGGGGAAGCCGGAGGCCGCGUCGGCCGAGGCCGCGGGGUCCGGGGCGCGGGGCACACGCGACCUCCGCGCGCCGCUGGUCUUCGUGCUGUGCCGCGCCGCGUCCCUGGCCGCCCGCGAGCCGCAGCGCUGCCUGCGGGAGUUGCUGCGCGACGUGCGCGGGCGGCUGCGGGCCGGCGCGGCGCUGGUCGGGGUGCUGGUGGCCGAGGCGGGGCCUGAGGACGCGGCGGCGCCCGGGCUGCGGCUGCUGGAGGCUCUGCUGCGUGCCGUGUUCGGCCGCCGCGCGGGAGGCACGGUGCAGGCGGCCGCCUACUGCCCCGGCCGCCCCGCCUCCUGCCUGGCCGUCCAGGCGGCCGCCUGCAGGGCGCUGCAAGCCGCGGGGUGCGGGCGACCAGCAGAAGGAGCCUGGGAGAGACCAGGGCUCCUGGGACUGCUGACCUGCUUUUCCUGGGGUCCCUGGGGCCACCGGAAGGAGCGAGAUUCCGCCUUCUCCCAAGACACCUCCUCCUCCCCCCGAGGCUCGCCUCAGGGUGAAGACCCUCCAGGACUCUGAGGAGGAGCUGGCCCUCACAACCAUAUUUCCCAACGGAGACUGUGAAGACCGAGCCCAGGCCGGAGCUGCCCACCCGUCCCCUGUGCCCACUGGAGACUCGAGAUGAAGGCUGGGCCCCGGGGCUGUCACUGGCUCUGCCCCACUGUGCCCCACAGCCUGGGCCAGGCCCUUCUCACCGAGCUGAGCCCCCAUCUCCAUGCAGACCUUGGCUGGUGGUGACUACGAAGACCCAUCUGCUACAGGGCUGCCACCUUCCCAGUUGCCAGCGGGGCUGCGGGACUUCCUGGGACCAGCAGGAAACCUGUCUGUGGGCCCUACUCCCCUUAGUAUUCACUCCCCCGUGAUCAUGGAUAGUGAAGUUAUUUGGUCUCUCCAUGGCCCAGUUUCUCUAAGCUGCUGAGCUGUGGCAUCCUAGGCCGUGCACCCUGGGCACGUGCAUGGGAGUACAGCUGGAAAGAGCUGCGGACCCUGCCAUCGGAUCUGGGGUGACUUUGGCUGUGUCACGUGGUCUUGGGCUCGGUUUCCCCAUGCACAAGGGGCAGUACCAGCCCAGUGCUUUCCACCUGGGGCCAGACUGCCCCUCUGGCAGCACUGAAAACACGCGGGCAUCAGUGAGACUGUGGGCACCCUGGCACCUCACAGUGUACAGGACACUUUCUCCAUCAGCACAGACUUGGUUCGGUCAAAGUGCCAGCUGUGGCACCUUUGAGAAACUCAGGGAACUGAUCCCUUCGCCCCGUGACAGUCUAGGAAGAGGCCUGAGAGCAUGGAGCUUCCUGGGACUUUGGUUCCCAGAAGGAGUGAAAAGAAAGAGUGCAUUGUUCCCUGGGGGCGGGGUGGGGGUGCUGCUCAGUCCACAGCCAAGAUGCCCAUGUGUUGCGGGGCAGGUCAAAAAUAGCUAGCUGCUCAUGCCUGUGAGAAGAAAGGGCCUCUCUCUCUCUCUCUCUCUCUCUCUCUCUCUCUCUCUCUCUCUCUCUCUCUCUCCCCCUCUCUCUCUCAGGCUGACACUCACUUUGUGUGCCAGGGACUUGGAAAUGCUGGGAGCCACAGUGCUCAGGAGCAAAGCCGGGGGCCUGGGAUCCAAGCCUAGGCCCUGCUCUGCACAUCAGGCUGAGCCCAGGGUUGGAGCCAACACAGCCUCGAGGUUUCCAGACCCUGUUGUCUGUGUCUGAGUUACGUGGGGGGGACAGUGUCAGAUGGGGUACAGGCCCAUCAGGGCCAUUGUUUACCCACAGAAGUGAUCACCUUUGUGUCUCUCCUCCUCCCUGCUGUCCCUAGAGAAAGCCAGUCCUGGAACUGCAGGGGCGGCUCCUGAUGGUCCCAAUCCAUUCAUUCCUGCAUGCCCAGCGAGCGCCUGCACAGUGUUGUGUCCUCUCUCAGAUGCUGCUGAUGGUAUAUUUUUUCAGUCAGGGUUUGGCUAUGUAGCCCAGGCUGGCCUUGAACUCAUGGAGAUCCUCCUGCCUCAGCCUCCCAUGUGCUAGGAUUACAGGCACGUGCCGCCACACCUGGCUUUCUCUGCCAAAUGGUGGAACAGGAAACCUCUGGCUGAGGGGCUGUGGAAUAUUAAGGAAGGACCCUUCCUGAUCUGUGCCUUGGUUUCUCCUCUAGGCAGGGAGCCUAGCCCUGUCCCUCAGUGGUGUCACAGAGAGAGUGUGAAGGUGACCAAGACCACGUCUUCCUUGGGGUUCAGUCCGAAUAACGCAGGUCCCAGCAGAUGGGACCCAGCUGGUUUCCUUUAUGCAAAGGGUGAACUCAAAAGAAUUUUGACCCAUCGGUUUACUGAUUUUGUUCUUAAAUGGGGAGACUCCGUAUUGUUGCAGCUGCUAGAUUUUUUUCUAUUUCUCUGUUGAUUUCUUUGUAAUCUGUAAUCAUUUGGCUGGAGUUUUAUUACUGAGUGGGGGUGAGAAGGUUUUUUUUUUUUUGCUACCAGGGAUCAAACUUGGGCCCUUGCACUUUCGAGGCAGGUGGUGGAACAACUGAGCUAAAUCCCCAGCCCGAGAAGACUUUUAAGUUAGGAAUUUGUCUAAGGCCAAGGUUAAAAGUUGUAAAAAUCUCUUGUACCUGUUGCCAAUAUUUCAAACAAGAGACUACCCUAAAAAGUCUGGUUUUCUGGGUGGGAGGAGGGACGUCCCAUCCCCAUCCUGAGCCCUGUCCCACCCUCUGUGUCCCCCAGCCCCGCAGCCCUCCCUCCUGCCAGCUGCCAGUCCUGGUAGACAUUUGAGUUUGCUGGCUGGGGCUGAGUGAUAGGUUACAGGGUCUUUUCUUCACUGCUUCCAUUAUUUCUUAGGAAUAGGUGAAGAGGAAUGGUCUGUGGGGCAUUGGGUUCUGCCUCCCGACUCAUAGACCAGGUGGGCACUGUCCCUGCUUCCUUGAGCGAGGCCACAUGCGCCCCCUGUAGGAAGAGCUGGGUGCUGCUUCCUGGCAGACAGGAAGAGUUGGACGCUGGGGAGGUGAGAGGCCCUUAAUUAAGUCGGUCGUCCCCAGGAGCCAGUGUUGAGGGGCCAGCAGCCAGGCCCAUUUGGGCUCUCAGAUCCUAAUCGCUAAUGGGACAAUGGUUUACAUGCUUCCAACUUGAGUGGAAAAUUCCUUACAUCGAAUAAAACCGAACAGUACCUCA